AUGCCCCUGCGGCUGCUGUGUCUCCAUGGAUGGGGAACAAAUCAAAAGGUCGGUGGCCUGAUGGGCGACCUGCAACGAGAUAACACCGCGACGUUCUCGUUUCUCGAAGGCGACAUCGACUCCGAUCCAGGACCCGGCAUUGCUGGGUACUACGACGGCCCGUACUACAGCUACUACCGGUUCCCACGGACCUUUUCUCCCGAGGACAGGGACGAGUCCGAUAUUCUCGAGGCAUACGAGCAGUUGUACGAGACGAUCGCCCUGGACGGCCCGUUCGACGGCAUUUUAGGCUUCUCACAUGGGGGCACACUGACGGCUGGAUUCUUGAUCCAUCACGCCAAGAUGUAUCCGCACCAGCCGCCCUUGUUUCGGUGUGCUAUCUUUGUCAAUUCCCUUCCCCCAUUCCGGAUGAACCCAGGAGAGGACCCGGUCAUUGAGGAAGGACUCGAGGGUUAUAUCCGCAUUCCUUGCGUGAACAUUGCCGGCGCGAAGGAUCCGUUGUUUGACUACUCAAUGGCUCUCCAUCGGAUCUGUGAUCCGCGCCAAGCGACGUUCGUUGUACACGGGAAGGGUCAUGAUAUUCCCAAUGACCGAAAGAACAUUACUGUUUUGGCUGCUGCUAUUCGCAAGCUGGCUAUCCUGGCGUUGGGGAUCUGCUGA